GAUGAACACAAGGAUAUUCCGAGUUGUACUGUAGAAGUUCAUUUUCAAAAGAUAAUUGAUAAGAACAGCGUACAGAGAUAAUACUUCUGUCUAUCACAUAAGUGGGAAGAAAUCAACUUUUAAGGAUGUUGGGAACCUUCUUCGAAGCCAUGGAAUUGACUUGGACCAUAAUAGAUUUUUAAUAUUGCAGGGUGAAGUUGAACAAAUAGCUAUGAUGAAACCAAAAGGCCAGACUGAACAUGAUGAGGGCAUGCUCGAAUAUUUAGAAGAUAUAAUUGGUUGUGGACGACUAAAUGAACCUAUUAAAGUCCUGUGUCGAAGAGUUGAAAUACUGAAUGAACACAGAGGAGAAAAGUUAAACAGAGUUAAAAUGGUGGAAAAAGAAAAGGAUGCCUUAGAAGGAGAGAAAAACAUAGCCAUUGAAUUUCUUGCCUUGGAAAAUGAAAUAUUUAGGAAAAAAAAUCAUGUUUGUCAGUAUUACAUCUAUGAUUUGCAGAAACGAAUUACUGAAAUGGAGAUGCAGAAGGAAAAGAUUCAUGAAGAUACCAAAGAAAUUAAUGAGAAGAACAAAAUACUGUCAAAUGAAAUGAAAGCAAAGAAUAAAGCUGUGCAAGAUAUAGAGAAGAAACUCAAUAAAAUUACAAAAUUCAUUGAAGAGAAUAAAGAAAAAUUUACACAGGUGGAUUUGGAAGAUGUUCAAGUUAGGGAAAAAUUGAAGCAUGCUACUAGUAAAGGCAAAAAACUGGAGAAACAACUUCAAAAAGAAAGAGAAAAGGUUGAGGAAUUUAAAAGUAUACCUGCCAGGAGUGAGAACAUCAUUACUGAAACAACAACUAGAAACAAUUCCCUUGAAAAGGAAAAAGAGAAGGAAGAGAAAAAAUUAAAGGAAGUUAUGGAUAGUCUUAAACAGGAAACACAAGGGCUUCAGAAGGAAAAAGAGAGUCGAGAAAAAGAGCUUAUGGGUUUCAACAAAUCUGUAAAUGAAGCACGUUCAAAGAUGGAGGUGGCCCAGUCAGAACUUGAUAUCUACCUCAGUCGUUAUAAUACUGCAGUAUCUCAAUUAAGUAAGGCAAAAGAAGCUCUAAUUGCAGCUUCUGAAACUCUCAAAGAAAGGAAAGCUGCAAUCAGAGAUAUAGAAGGGAAACUCCCUCAAACAGAACAAGAAUUAAAGGAGAAGGAAAAAGAACUUCAAAAACUUACGCAAGAAGAAAUAAAUUUCAAAAGUUUGGUUCAUGACCUUUUCCAAAAAGUUGAAGAAGCAAAAAGCUCCUUAGCAAUGAAUCGAAGUAGAGGGAAAGUACUUGAUGCAGUAAUUCAAGAAAAAAAGUCUGGCAGGAUUCCAGGAAUAUAUGGAAGAUUGGGGGACUUAGGAGCCAUUGAUGAAAAAUACGAUGUAGCUAUUUCAUCCUGCUGCCAUGCCUUAGACUACAUUGUUGUUGAUUCUAUUGAUACAGCCCAAGAAUGUGUAAACUUCCUCAAAAGACAAAAUAUUGGAGUUGCAACCUUUAUAGGUUUAGAUAAGAUGGCAGUCUGGGCCAAAAAAAUGACCAAAAUUCAAACUCCUGAAAAUACUCCUCGGUUGUUUGAUUUAGUUAAAGUGAAAGAUGAGAAAAUUCGCCAAGCUUUUUACUUUGCCUUACGAGACACCUUGGUAGCUGACAACUUGGAUCAAGCCACAAGAGUAGCAUAUCAAAAAGAUAGAAGAUGGAGGGUGGUAACUUUACAGGGGCAAAUCAUAGAACAGUCAGGUACAAUGACUGGUGGUGGCAGCAAAGUAAUGAAAGGACGAAUGGGUUCUUCAGUUGCUGUUGAAAUCUCUGAGGACGAGGUAAAUAAAAUGGAAUCCCAGUUGCAAAGAGAUUCUAAGAAAGCAAUGCAAAUCCAAGAACAGAAAGUACAACUUGAAGAAGCAGUAGUUAAGUUACAACAUAAUUAUCGAGAAAUGAAGAAUACACUCGAGAAGUUCACUGCAAGCAUCCAGCGUUUAUCAGAGCAAGAAGAAUACUUGAAUAUACAAGUUAAGGAACUUGAAACGAAUGUACUUGCCACAGCCCCAGACAAAAAAAAGCAGAAAUUGCUGGAAGAAAAUGUCAGUGCUUUCAAAACAGAGUAUGACAGUGUGGCUGAGAAAGCUGGUAAAGUAGAAGCUGAGGUUAAACGAUUACACAAUAUCAUUCUGGAAAUCAAUAACCAUAAACUCAAGGCCCAACAAGACAAACUUGAUAAAAUCAAUAAGCAACUAGACGAAUGUGCUUCUGCUAUUACUAAAGCCCAAGUAGCAAUCAAGACUGCUGACAGAAAUCUUAAAAAAGCACAAGACUCUGUGUUUCGUACCGAGAAAGAAAUAAAGGACACUGAGAAGGAAGUAAAUGACUUAACAGCAGAACUAAAAAGUCUUGAGGACAAAGCAGCAGACAUCAUAAACAAUACAAAUGCUGCAAAGAAGUCUUUACCAGAGAUCCAGAAGGAACAUCGAAAUCUGCUUCAAGAACUAAAAGUUAUUCAAGAUAAUGAACAUGCCCUGCAAAAAGAUGCACUUAGUAUUAAGUUGAAACUUGAACAAAUAGAUAGUCACAUUGCUGAACAUAAUUCUAAAAUCAAAUAUUGGCGAAAAGAGAUUUCAAAAAUAACACUUCAUCCUAUAGAAGAUAAUCCUGUUGAAGAGGUUUCUGUUCUAAGCCCAGAGGAUCUUGAAACAAUCAAGAGUCCAGAUUCUAUAACAAACCAAAUUGCACUUUUGGAAGCCCAGUGUCAUGAAAUGAAACCAAACCUUGGUGCCAUUGCAGAGUAUAAAAAGAAAGAAGAAUUAUAUUUGCAGCGUGUUGCAGAAUUGGAUAAAAUUACUUCUGAAAGAGAUAAUUUUAGACAGGCAUAUGAAGAUCUUCGAAAACAAAGACUUAAUGAAUUCAUGGCAGGUUUUUAUAUAAUAACAAAUAAAUUAAAGGAAAAUUACCAAAUGCUCACUUUGGGAGGAGAUGCUGAGCUGGAGCUGGUAGACAGCUUGGACCCUUUCUCUGAAGGAAUUAUGUUUAGUGUUAGACCACCUAAAAAAAGUUGGAAGAAAAUCUUCAACCUUUCAGGAGGAGAAAAAACACUUAGUUCACUGGCAUUGGUAUUUGCUCUUCACCACUACAAACCAACUCCUCUUUACUUCAUGGAUGAGAUUGAUGCAGCCCUUGAUUUUAAAAAUGUGUCCAUUGUUGCAUUUUAUAUCUAUGAACAAACAAAAAAUGCCCAGUUCAUAAUAAUUUCCCUUCGAAAUAAUAUGUUUGAGAUUUCUGAUAGACUUAUUGGAAUUUACAAGACAUACAAUAUUACAAAGAGUGUUGCAGUAAACCCAAAAGAAAUUGCAUCUAAAGGACUUCGUUGAAUUUUAUACUGAAGAUUCAAGUUAAAUUGGCAUAGAUUUUGUAUAUUGCUGGUUAUCUAAGAAUUGUGACCUGUACAAAAUACAUACUCUAAAUGAUGAUAAAAGUGUUUUAUGUUAAGAAUCAUGUUACAGGGCCCAGGGAGAUGGCUCAGUAGAAUAAGCUCUUGCCUGGCAAGUGCAACAUCCUGAGUUCAAUCCCUGGUACUGCAAAAAAAAAAAAAAAAAAAAAAAAUUCAUGCUACAAUGUUCUCUGAGGCAAUAGGAUUGUGGGUUCAGCCACGGCUGGGCAAUUUUAUAAUUUAGCAAGAUAACUGUCUUAAAGGGGGGAACUAAAAGUCUCACUAUGAAGGCCCUGGAGUUUAUUCCUCAGUGGGUAGCCCCCAGUUUUGUGGUUUUGGGUUUUGUUGUGUUUUGUUUCUUUCUUGUAUACCUGUUAAUAGGAGAUAGUAAAAAUGAAAGGGGGCUUUUGAAACGGUUUCAUUUCAUUGUGUAUUUCAGGCUCACAUUCACUAGAUAGCCAAAGCAGCCCCCAAAUUUGUGGUGAUCUUCCUGCCUCAGACUCUGAAAGUUACGGAAUUACAGUUUUAUGCUACCAUACCUGGCAGGAUGUGUUUCCUAAGUGACAGACGAUUAAGAAAAAUCAGAUUCCUGUAGUGUCAGAUGACUUGCUCUUUGUUCCAGAGGAGGGGUUAAGUUUGUUGAGAUAAAGUUCCAAAACUAAAACUUGUCAAGGCUCAACAUGCCUUCCUUUACUGGAUAUUCGAGCUACACUGGAAAAACCUGCUAAACUCAUCUUGGAUAAAUUUUUAAAGCAGUCCAACUGACUUUGACAAUCAUAUUACCCAAAUAAUGGGAACCUUAUUUUGUAAACAGCUAUUCUUAUAACGAUUUAGUAGGUACUUAAAAACUUGAUGUGCUUUGACUAUUUCAAAUUUGUUGCAAACGAAUGUAAAAAUGUUUGAACGUGAUUAUGCUAUAUUCUAACCUCACACGAAUGAAUAUAGUAAUAAGCGGAAUUUAGGAUACUGUGAAUAUUACUUGACAGCCAGGUUGUCAAGAUUUUUUAUUUGGCUCAAUAUGAUGCUACUGAAAGUAAGUCAACAACCACUUGACUGAAUCAAACAUCUUUGCCUUAGCUAUUUAAUUUCUGGAUAUUUAUCCUCAGGGUUUAAAAUGAAUUGUCUCAUUAUUCAGAAAACUAUUAUUUAGGGAUCAAAAACCUGACGUUUUGUAUCAUAGUGAAGGCAUUAGAAUGUCAACACAAAAGUAGAGCGAACUUAAAGCAAGUUGCAAAACUCAGGUACAGAGGGGAAAAUAGAAAAUGCUAUAUAUUAGUGCU